CGGACGACGUAUUCGGCGCUGCUUACCACGGCGUCUUCUUUUUCCCUUUUCCCGGUGCCUCUGCUCCGCUGGUGUGCGCGCUAGAAACCGCGCGGAGGGAAGGUGUCCGGAGGUAUCUGGGCACCCCGCGACGCUCCUCGCGCGCCGCUCGCGUUCGCCAGAAUUCGAUUCGCCGGGAUCGAGCAGGUCGACGGGCUGGGGGAUCGAACGUCGAUACGCGACCACUUUUUGGCGGGAAGAUCGAGGCGGGCCAGUGCUAUGUAGGUGACAGUGAUGCCAGUGGGUGGCCGGUUACGCUCGCCGCGUUUCGGACAGUGAGUUCGGAUACCUGCGACACGAUCAUCGCGGUUGGUGCAUGUUCGGAGGUGCUUGACGUAAACGAACGGACUGUUUUGGAGAAAAGGAGGAAGGGAGCUUUAGAGUGGCAGAACGUUCCAAGUUUAGAAGAGACUGAAAGUCAAAGCUUUAGAAUAUCUGGACACUGGGAGUUCAAGGUGACGGAAGAAGAGAGCUCUGGAACAUCGGAAUGUUGCAAGUUUAAGGCGACUGAAGAUCAAAGCUGUAAGAUAUCAGGAUUUUCAAAGUUCAGGGCGACAGAAGGACAGAGCUUUAGAAUAUCAGAGCAAUAGAAGUCCAAGGCGACAGAAGAACAGAGCUCUUUGAUACAAUCAGAACAUUACAAGUUCAUGGCGACGAAAGAAAAGAGCCUUGAAACAUCAGGACGUUACGAGUUCAGAGCAAUUGAAGGACAAAGCUUCAGAGCACUGGAACGUUAGAAUUUCAGGGCAGCAGAAGAACAGAGCUUUAAAACUUCGGGACACUAUAAGUUCAAAAAUAUUGAAGACUAAAGACGUGAAAUCAAGACGUGAAAAGUUCAGAGAGACGGCCAAAGGGAGCUUUAGACGAUCGGGACAUUAGGAAUUCAAAGCUCAAGAACAAAGCUUGAACGUCAAAGCUUUACAGCAUCAGGACAUCGGAAAACCAGAGCAUCAGAAGGUCAAAGCCUCGCCUAAAUCAAAUCCCUUGGCCACAAAGAUCUUCAAACUUCAGACGCUUCGUACCCUCUACCCUCGUCUGACCAAGCACGUCUCGAUCUACUCAACCCACCGCCGCGCGCGGCAGGGAUACCCACGCGAGCGAUAUACACACGCAUUAAACGCUCGCAGGUGUUUAUCGUCCUCGAGCAACCUGUAUUCUCCAUCAACCAAAGAAUCCAACUUACUCAAUCCCUACUCAUUCUUCCAAAAGGGCUAUUCCCAUGAGAACAGAAGAUCCCUGAACGUCUAAAAACGUCUCGUGAACCGAGAAUCUCAGUGAAUCCAGCGAAUCGAUCGGUCAGCUCACGUGGCGUGGCAUAAUCGGUGUCACGUUCGCGACGAGAUCGCGGUUAGCGGAUUCGCGUCGUUAGGCGGAGUCGUUUGGGGAAGGUGGUCACGACGCAACAAACGGUGACGAGUUGUCGAGGAGGUGGCGACGGCGGUGGUGGAGGUGGAGGUGGCGGUGGCAGCGAGAAGACGCACCCGUAUGCGGCCGCAACCGAUACGGUAGAGGAGGUGGAGGCGCAGGAGGUGGAGGUAGAGGUCGACGAGGUUAAGAUGGAAGCCGAGGACCAUCUCGCCAGGGAAUACGUACAGGAGUUUGUUCUCGAUCAUCUCGAUCCCGCCGACGUCAAACGAGAGGUACGAAUCGGCUCACCAAUGAUGGUGAACGGUAGCGUGGUACAGUUACCUGGCCAGGUGCAGGCGCAGGGCCUGGCAUUGGCUCCCCUGACGCCGCCGGCGCACGAGUUGGAGCAACCUCAUCCCCUGUACGGGCAGCCGCACAUUCAGGUGCAGCACGGAGUCCUGGUGAAGGCACCGCCGGGUACAGCUUCUCACCUAACGACCCUCUCGCAUCCUGGAACACCGCCGGACACGCCUCCGGUCUCUGCCUCGCCGCCGCCAUUGCAGUUGCAUCGCGGCGAACGGGAUUCCCGCGAAAGGGGCCUCUUCUUGCAUCUCCAGCAGCAAGGCUCGCUGGUCCAGGACGAGAUGCAGCCAGGCACCGGAGGUAUGGGCUGGCUGACGCAGUCCCUCAGACAGGAACCGCUCGACCUCAGGCCUCAUUGUCCCCAGGAGCAGACGCCCGAGCAUCAUCACGAGGCUUGGCAUCCGACGCCCACGCAUCAUCAUUUCCAAGACCUCCAUCAGCUGCAGCGUCAGGCCAGGCACACUGGUGGAUACAUCACGAUGUCGGGUCACUUAGAGUACUACGGGGGCACGGGCGCAGGCAGCGGGAUGCUUCCCGCGGGCGGAAGUGGAAUGUCGGGGAUGGAAGACAGCAUGCAGGGCAUACCUAUGCAACCGGGAAGACCGAUGAGCGUUUGUUCAGUGAGUUCUUGCGGUGCUGGAGGACCUAGUCCCGCGCACAGGACAGGCAGUGCCCUGUACCCGAGUUGCGGCAGCAACAACCCCCAGGAAGAACUCAUGAACGACGAGCUGCUCAUGUCCCUUUCCGUGCGCGAACUAAACAAACGCCUCCAUGGCUGCCCGCGGGAAGAGGUGAGUCAGGUCGUGCGCCUCAAGCAGAAGCGACGGACCUUGAAGAACCGCGGCUACGCUCAGAACUGCCGCAGCAAACGGCUCCAGCAACGCCACGACCUCGAGACGACGAAUCGCAACCUGCAGAACGAGCUCCAACGGCUCAAGAUCGAGCUGGCCCGCGUCCAGCAGGAGCGCGAUCUCUACAAGCAGCGAUGCGAGAUCCUACGCACCAGACAGAGCCAUCAUCAUAACCACAAUCACAGCCAUCAUCAGCAACAGGCGUCGCAGCAGCAACCGCAGCCCCAGCCCCAGCCCCAGCAACCGCCGCAGCAUCAGACAUCGAAUCAACAGCAACAACCGCCCCAGCAACAGCAACAACAGUCGCAACAGCAACACCAACCAGCGCCUGCUAGCCCGGAGGUCUACCUGUGACAUCGACAGCGCCGAGGAGGCGCUUGCUGGACCUGAAGAGAAACACGACGUCGUCUGAUCGUGAAAUUCUCGAUGGCGACAUACCUUGGCGAUGGGUUGAAAAAGACCAGCCAGGCAAUCGAGUAUUCCUUCGAGAAGCAGUUUUUUCAAUCGAGACUUAAGUCUUAAGCACAUCUCUAAGCUCGUCUAAGUGUAUAUAGCGCUCAGUUCUCCGUCGUCUUUCGUUUCGUCCCUUUUCUCUACACGCAGCUUCGUUAAAGCCACGUCGAGGGCCUUGACUGUUAAUAAUGACUUUGUAAAUCGUGUCCACGGAGUUACGGCGUAGCUAAGGUAUCAUUAGAUUAAAGGUAAUUAGUUCUAUUCGCAUAGGUAUAUGGAUAAUAUGCUCGUGGUAGACUGAACGUCUUUGCCAAAUAUUGUACCAAAAAAGAGAAAAAAAUAAAUAUAUUGAGGAAACUGUACUUUGUCGUAGCGCAAACAAAAAAAAAAAAAAAGGAACAGUGAUGAAAGCUUGCGUGAAGAUAAACGUAGCGUUUAAGGGUUUCAUUCUAUUUGUUAUUUAAUUUCUAGCCAAAAAGAUCAUUUUUAUUCUUACGACGCGAAUGAUCGUGGAUAGCCUUCGGUGCUGGCUGGUGUCUUUGUUGCGUUUUUUAAGUUUUAAAUGCACGGGGAGAUUCGAGAAAUUUGAGGUGCAUAUAGAAGUGUGUGCGAGAGAUUUUUAAUUAAUAUAAAUUUGCAAGUUAGUCUUAGUUAAUUUAUUUCAAAUUUGAAAUUAUUAUAUAUCUUAGUCUUAGAAGCUUUAUGUAUUUAUCGAACAUUCUGAACUGUAAUCUCAACCCUUUAUGGAAAAGAAUGUUAUCUAAGGAAGAGUAAAAUUUUUCGUUUAUACAUUUAAUAGUUUUACUGUAUUAAAUAGUAAUUUAAUUAGUAAAUAAAUUCCGAUGAUUCCUCGCACCUUUUUGUAGUAACUUUUACACAAUCACGUACGUGGGAUAUGGUGUCCUUGAACUUGAACAUUGUGGCAGCACCGAGGAUGCUUUCCGUUAAUAGAACGACCAUUCUGUAAAUUUAUACUUUGAAGCGGAUAGUUGAGAAUCUUUUAGGUAAUAGCCAAGUUUCGUUGGCUACGGUUGUUUUUAUCGUUUCGUUGGUAAAUAGACGUUACGAAUGUCAUCGUUUAUCCUCAGCGAUGGAUAUCGUUUUCGCAGGGAAGGACUAGUAUCGACGAAGGUGGUGUUUGGCUUUGAAUUCUUCCGUAGCAAUUUUUUAAUUUGUAUACUCAUACUAUUAUUAUAUAUUCCAACAGCAGUUUUGGUUAAAUAAUUGGUUAAAUAAUUUAAAACGCGAUUUUUAAAUUAAUGCAUUAUUGAAUUAUUCCAAAGGACUCUAUUGAAAUACUGGAGCUUAUUUUAAAUCGGAAUGUAAUAAAAGUUUUUAGAAUUUCUAUUAUGUGUUGCAUUGAAAAUUACAGAAAAUUACAGAAAAUUGCGGAAAAACAAUUAGUUGUAUUCUUUGUGGCUAAAUUUUUUAGAAUAUACGAUCAGGCCCAUUAGUAUUAAGUUAAAGAGCCAAAGAUUGUUCAUGUCGAUACUUGUCCUUCAGGCCAGCGUUUCCCAAACUGGGUUCAAUUUCGCACUAAAAAGUAGAAGAAUUGAUUUUUAUAGUCAUUACAGUUUCAUGAAAAUAGGCGUACUUUAAAGUAAGGAAAGUAACUUUUUAUGUUCAUAAUGAUACCAUUAAAAUAGAAGAGUCAAUUUUUAAAUCCAUCAAACUUUCAUUAAAAUUCGAGAAUGAAUUUUUAUAUUUAUUAUUCGCUAAAACCCCAAAUAACUUUAAAUGAAUGUAAAUGUUGGUGGAGAAAAAAUUCACAAACCUAAAAAUAUUGAAAAUUCCAAGCAAAAAAAAAAUUGCAAUAACAUCUACCCUUCCGAAUUUAUUUAUAACAACAAUGAGAAAAAUGUUCCCUGAUUGAACAUCCCUGUUUGGGAAACGCUACUUUAGUAAAUCACAAGAAUUAGGAGGAAAUACGAUUCGAAUCGUGAUGAUUCGAUACUGACUCGACUAAAUCGGCGAGAUCUGCUUCUACUUAGAGUACCUACGACGUUCGAUCGUGCACGCAUGAGUGCGAGUGUCUGUCUCCUUAAAGGGUGGCGUUUGGCGAAGAACGCGAGACCCGAUGGAUCUCAGAAGUUGCAUAACAAAGUCGUGUCGGUGCAUUUUCGCACCGACGCGACACGACACGGUGAUAUCGUUUUUAGUACUUAUGCAGUGGCGUGUUAUACCUUCGCAGGGCCCGCGACAAAAUUUAAGGGGCCCCAUGAUAAGAAAAUCACAAAUUAAAAACGUAUCUCAAAUUCAAUCUCAUUUCAUCGAGACAAUGAAAUGUUAAUUAGAAAAUAACACACAACAGGACAAUAAUUUGGAAAUAAUACACCGUACCUACAGUCAGAAAUGGACAAAAUUCUUAUCUAGAUAGACACUUUGAAUGACGAAUAAAAAGUGAAUAGUUUUUGCUUCGUUAUUUGUUCGAUAAAAAUUGCUAUUAAAAUUUUUAAAUGACGUGGAAUUUUAUAUGGACUGAAUGAGACCUGGGUAACUGUGUGAGAGAAUAAACAUGCAGUUAAAUUGCUAUAGGGUGAUUUUCUAUUCGUCAUCUAUUAUUCGAAUAAAAUUUUGCUCACCUCUGCCUGUAGUUAAUCUGAUCAGUAGCCUGCGGAUUUGAUACAUUUAUGGUGCAUACGAAUAUGAAGAACACAGUUAUGAAAGAUGAAUGUUAAUACUAUUACAUUAAUCGAUUAAUUAAUAUAUUUAUUUCAUUAAUAUCAUAAUAAUUAAUUAAUAUACUCAUUUAUUCGUAAAUAUAUAUUUCAAUGAUACAUUAAUUUAAUUAAUAUAAUAAUAAUUCAUGUAAUAUUCUAAUAUUAAAAUAUUCAUUUCAUUAAUAUUAACCCAUAAAUCUCAUCAAUGUCAACAUAUUAAUUCUAUUAACAAAAAAUAGACUAAUUAUUAUUCCAUAUUAGCAUACACCAGAAAUGCAUGAAAUCGUCAGUCUGCUAACAAAUAUCCCCGCUAGUUUACUUGUCCUGUGUGUGUCACAGAUCCUACCAAAAAAUUAUGUGUAAAAGAAUCAAUUCAAUGCUGUCAACCAUUGAUCAUAUCAAGUUUCUCAAACAAAGCUCAUUCCUCGUAUAUCAUACAAAAAUCAUUGAAAUGAGCUUUCCUACGCAUUGAAUUUUUAGAGGGGGCCCCCGUUUGAUCAGGGUCCUGGUCAAAUAUUGUUCUUGGGAUAACACGUUACCGUACUUAUGGCACAAAAUGAUCUGUAUACGGUAGCUCUAUAAAUUAUCGGCCAUGUUAUUCGUUUCGUUUAUUUUCUAGGGGAUGUUUGGACGAGAUGGGGCUGUUUUUAUUUUCUUUUUUGCGUUCAAACAGCGGCGUAAAUUUUGUGGCGAGUGCGUUCUCUCUACAAUCGCCCGCGUUGUAGUAAACGUUGUUGCAGGAAUAUUUGAAAAUUAAGUAUUUGUUAAGUAUCCGUUUAUUUUUGUUGUUUUUUUUUUAAAUAUAUAUAUAUAUAUUAGUGGAUGCUUUUGUUUCGUAUUCUUUGUUUGGGGAUUGUGCAAGGGUGCAAGCGAGGAGGUUGAUACAAAAAUUACGCCACUGUCAUAUCGGAUGACAUACGAAGCAUAUAUUAUUGUUUUGUCGCGUUGGAUUGCGACUCGGUCGUUUGUGUCGAUCGUGGCGUGUCCGAUACGAUUUAAGAAUAUUUUAAUUCACGUUACAUUGUCUCAUGUGUACAUAAAAUAAUUAUUAUACUUCUUAUUAUAAAUAAAUGCCGACAACGGCAGUUUCAGAUA